AUGCCUACCUUUGGCAGCCAGGAUAUCCCUGAUCUCAGCGGCCAAGUCAUAAUCGUGACAGGAGGCAACGCCGGUCUUGGUUAUGAGACUAUCCGCCAGCUCAGUCACCACAACCCAGAGACCAUCUAUCUCGCAGCUCGAUCCCAAUCCAAGGCCGAAAAAGCCAUCGCAGACCUCAACGAGAGCAACACAAAGUUCACCAAUAUCCGUUUCUUAGAAUUGGACAUUGCAUCUUUCGAAAGUAUCAAGACAGCAGCAGCAAACUUCCUCCAUCAAGAGUUUCGCUUGGACAUUCUCGUCAACAACGCCGGGAUCAUGAUGACAAGGGAAGGCCUCACCAAAGACGGAUACGAGAUCCAAUUCGGAACAAACGUGCUAGGCCCAGCCUUGCUCACCCAACUGCUUUUGCCAACCCUACGCAACACUGCGAAAUUGAACAACCAGGCCCGCAUGGUCAUGCUCUCUUCUGCCGCCCACGCCCGGGCCCCGAAAACCGUUUACGAUUUCGAUGAGCUUCGAACGACUGCACCCAACAGACAUACCACUGAGCGAUACACAGCUUCUAAACUCGCCAAUAUCCAUUACGCUAAAGCCUUGGCCGAGAGGGAGACAGGUGUCAAGAUCAUCCCAGUCCAUCCUGGCAUGGUAUCGACAAACCUCCACCAUGCCUCGACGGGUACCUUUCUCAAACCAUUUCUCCAUGCAGCGAUUUACUUAGCUGCAACGCCGGUGGAGAAAGGUGCCUUGUCUCAAAUUUUUGCGGCUGUAAGCCCCGAGGCAAAACACGGACAGUACUAUGGGCCUAUCGGUAAGGCCGAAACGGGCUCUGGACUUGCUCAGAGUCGUGAUCUUCAGGAAAAACUGUUCAAGUGGGUCCAGGGUGAGAUUUCAGGGCAUGUUGAGAGCAUUUUGUAG